AUGGAUGACAAUGGAGAUAUCACGCGAUCUUCAACCCUAUUUCCAUCAAACACUUCAAAGAAAACCCAAAAAGCCAUUCAACCUAAAGUUACUAAAAUCGUCAUCAUGGUCCCUCCUUUGGCUAAUGGUAGCAAUGUUGAUCAUGAGAGCACCCCUCAGGUGGUAAAGAAAUGGUUUCAUCUAGAUGUUGUUCUAUUGACCGAAAUAGGCCAUGAAAAGGCCGAAUCUUCACAUCAUGUAAUCUUCCUGAUGCCAUCACAAAAGGACGGGGAAGACAACUACAAGACCAAGCCAAUUGGAUUCCCGGUUGUAUCGACUGAACACAUUGAGCAUCAUGCAAAACCAAAGAUCACCAAACUCCAUUUCUUCGUCCAUGAUAAUGUUACAGCCGAUCAUCCGACUUCUCUUCUUAUUGCCCCAGCCAACACCAACAAUAUAGCAUCAAUAUCUUUCGGAUCAACCUAUGCUAUGGAUGCUCCGAUAACUACUGAUUCAGAUCCUAACUCCAAAUUCAUUGGUCGAGCUCAGGGCACGUUCACCUUUGUAGGUCAGGAGGAGCCUGUUUUGUCAAUGGCCAUAAAUUUGGUGUUCACGGAAGGAGAUUACAAGGGAAGUUCUCUAUGCAUUCUUGGAAACAAUCCAAUAUCUCAUGAGUAUAGAGAAAUGCCGAUAUUGGGAGGUACAGGAGUUUUUCGCCUGGCUAGUGGAAUUGCAACCGUAAAUACCGUGAUCGUUGAUAUUGCAAAACUCAACGAUAUUCUGGAAUACCAUGUUGUCAUCCAUUAUUGA